CAUCGCGCGAAGCGGUCAGAUUGUAUAUGCUUAAUUUUAUUGUGUCAAGCGUCAGUCUUGGUGCGGCAUAGUUAGGAGUUGUGCGCCGGAAUCGCGCGCGUUCAUUUUGGUUAUUUUCCCGCCAACAUUUUUGACAUUUUAAUUUUUAAGAGUUCAGACUUUGGAAUACAAGUUGUGUGGUUAAGUGACAAAUAUCUGUGAUUUUAUGAUAAGGAUUUUGACAAAGCAUCAUGAAUAAGAAAUCACAUAAGAAAAAGCAGAAGAAGCGUGGUAAGGGCGACGCGAGGAACAAGGAAAAUGUCUCCGAGGAGGAGCAGCAGGUCAGGCCGGAGGACGGGGCCGGAGCGGAGGCCGCGCCCGCGCCGCCCGCAGACAGUAAACUCUGCUACGAAGUCAAACACUCCGACGUGAUGGGGAGGUACCUCGUGGCGGCGCGUGACAUCCGAGCGGGCGAGGUGAUCAUCGAGGAGCCGGCGCUGGCCGUGGGCCCCUGCGCCGGCUGCGCGCUGGUCUGCCUCGGCUGCUACCGGGAGCUGGACGACUCCUCGCUGGCUAAGUAA